CCUUGUCCUCACUGAGGCCACAUGAGGGACCUCUGGGGGCAGCAGAGGGGUACCUGGGAAGGCUCGGGUAGGACUUCCUUCAGCAACAAUAGGUGUGCAGCACCCACUUUGUGCAGGCCCUUUGGGCCCACUUAGCAUAACUGAGUGAAGGAAGCAGACACAAUACUGGGACCCCGUCCCGGGUGGAGUCGGGCAGUCACUUCAGGCGUCAUCCGCAGGUCACGGCCGGGGAGCGUCACGGGCGAUGCCCUCAUGGUCUCCUCAUGUGAUGAGGGGCAUGACGAGGGGCCAGAGGAGGAUCUGAGAAUCCCCAGGAUGGGACGGGCUAGGCGCCUUGCCUGGGAGCCCCAGCGUGUGCCCAGUGACAUCGAUGCCAGCCAGCUGUCAUCCACCCUGGUGGGCCAAGUCCUCCACCACUUGGUCCAGGAGGAGCACCUGGGGCCCGCGGUGGCAGAGCUGGAAGACCCACGGCAGAGGCAGCUGGCUCCAGAGACACAGGGGGGGCCCGCUUCGUGGGUGGGGCCCGCUUCGUGGUUAGAGCCCAUCCAGGAGCUCCCUGCGACCCCUGUGCUGGAGCUACGUCCGCUGGAGCCCCAUGAGCCUUCGAGCCCGGGACCCGUGGCACCUGCCGGAAUGGCACUGGGCCUGGCAGAGCCAGAGGCGGACCUGGAGCCCACCAGACCCUGUGCCAUGAGCGCCUGGGACAUCCCAGGAGUGGUCUCAGGCCCCGAGCUGGAGCCCCAUGAGCCUUCGAGCCCGGGACCCGUGGCACCUGCCGGAAUGGCACUGGGCCUGGAAGAGCCAGAGGCGGACCCGGAGCCCACCAGCCCCUGUGCCUGGAGCACCUGGGAUGAGCCGGGGGAGGAGGAGCCGACGAUCCUGGCGUUUCCCCCCUCCCUGGUGGCCGAGCAGCUGACCCUGAUGUGUGCGGAGCUGUACGGCAGGAUUGAAUUUGGUGAAUGUAAGACCUACUUAGAGAGCCAGCCACUGAUGGAAGGCAUUGAGCUCCUGGCCCCCAACAUCCAUAACAUCAUGAGGCAAUUUGAUGCCACGUUUUACUUCGUCACCUCCUCCUGCCUCGGGGCCCCGAGCUUGAUGGCCCAGGACAGGGCCCGAGUGGUGGAGUUCUGGAUCCAGGUGGCCAAGGAGUGCCUAGACCUCAAAAAUUUCGAGUCCCUCCACGCCAUUCUCUGUGCCCUGGGGAGCUCUGCUGUGUGUCGUCUGGAGAGCACCUGGGGACAUGUUUCCUGGAAGAGCUUCUGGAGCUAUAAAAAGCUUCAAAAGAGGGACCAGGGGCUUAACGGGAAGCAGCUCCUCGAGGAGGCGAGGGCCACGGUGAGGCGAUGGCGGCAGGCCCCCUAUGGAUACCUGGAUAGGAAGGCGCAGGGCAUAGUCCCGUUCCUUGGAUAUUUUCUGCGUGACGUGCCCAUGGACCAACUCUCGGAAUAUAAUGCGGACGUGAGUGACCCAGCGAGGCACCGGAAGGGCAGGAUGGUCACUCUCAUCGGUCAUGAGAUCAUGAUGCACAAGCGCGUGGCCGCGCUGUAUGACCUGGAGCCCGAUGAGCGCUUCCUGUCCUUCUUUCAAACCGUGGAGCCCCUGGAUGAGGAGAAGAGCUACCGCCUGUCCUGCCAGCUGGAGGCCUCAGGCCAGUGGGCCAGGAUAAAGGGGCUGUUGCAGUUCUUCAGGUCCCACGAGAUAUAAACUUAGUGGCCAGGGCCAGCUGCUGUCAUCGGGCCCGUGGUCCUGCUGGUGUCCUGGCUGCGUGCGGACAAGAGCUUCUUCCCCUUCAGCAGGCGGCACCUGGCGCCCCAGGACCCCAGUCUGCUUGCUGCUCCUCUUCCUCCCGCUGCUCAUCCUGAGCCUCUGCUGGGGCAGGUGCUCUGGCACCUCCUCCAUUGGCAGACUCGGGCAUCUCCCCAGGCUGCCGCUGCACCCUCAGGGACCCGUACGCAGCUGUGGCCAACCUGGACACCUUUGUGCUGUGUCAGCCCCUCUGCUUGUGGCCCGCUGGACAGAGGCGAGCUGCCCCACCACGCGGAGGGCGUCACCAUUCCUGCACGUGGCCUCCCAUGUUGUCGACACCACCUGCUGCCUGGGUGCUGUCAGCCACUGAGUUGUAGCCACAGGGUUCCAGGAAGAGGUGGGGCCGUCCUCACCAGGCCUGGCCUUUCCCGGGAUGGACACUGACAUGGUGCAGCGCUGCGUGGAACCACCAUCCCUGGGUGUGCAGCAGAGGCAUCUGAGGACGCAGGGGUGGCUGGCCACCAAAAGCUCCCAGGGCUUGCUCCCAGGGGGACCCCCUGUACAACUUUCUUAUCCCUGAGAAAUAGCCUCCCCAGGGAUUAAAGAUGGUGGUGUGAGAGAUGAGACAGAGCCCUCCUCCUAAAACCACAUAAGAUACAAAAAACAUAAUUAAUACAACCAAUCCUGAAAGAGCAACAUGAAAGAAGGCUGCACCAGACUGCAUACACCUGGAGAAAAGAGCAGAACUCACGGAACAGGGUCAGGUACCAAAGCUGUGAGCCGGCGGGUCCCAAGCCCUUCCCCCACCCCAGCCCAAUGGUGGGAGGAAGAGACACAGACCUGCGAGGGAGUGGAGGCCUGAGAUUGCUGAACACCUAGCCCUGGAGAUCUGCUCUGGGAGCAUGAACCUGCAUUGCAUGGUGCUCUGGUGAUUAGUGGGGUUGGAAAGCUAAGACAGGCGGAAGACCCGGAGAGACGGAGAUUCGAGCUGCAUGUGGAAAACAGGUAUUCAUAUCCGACUGAUCUGGGUGGGAAGUUUGAAAGACUUCCUAAAAGCGAGAGGGCUGCUAAGGGGACAAGGAUUGCACAGAGCUCGCCGCUCAGGAGAAAGGACAGGUAGACAAACUUAUGUGGGUACACUCUGCCCGGCAGGUUGGGAACUUAAACGAUCUUCAGGCGCUCCAUCCCCCUGGCUGGCUACGUAGCUCCAAGGUCCCCCACUGUGAUAUGCAGCCUGCUGUGUCUUCCUCCCAGCUAGCCCUGCACCUGGCUCACAAACGGGCUGCCCCUACCCUGUCAUCAGGCCAGCCAGAGGGAAGCCCUGCCUACAGCAGCUAUAAACACAAAGCACAGAGGCUUACACCCGUGUGUUCGGUCGCUGGUUUUGGCAGUUGAGACAGGCAUAGCAGCCAGGAAAUAGGAAACAGCACUUUCCUGCCCCCAGGCACCAGCACCACUCCCCUGUGACCCCCAACAUCACUCCAGUGGCUGAACGGCUCCAGAGAGUAGAGCUUCUGGGCACUAGAGGGUGCCACAUGCAGGUACGAAAUGUGAAAGGAACCUGUUUCAAAGCAAAAUCUCAACACCAGAGAAAGGAUCGACUGAGACUGAGUUAAUAAAUUUUCCUGAAAAAGAUUUCAAAAUAAAAAUCAUAAACAUGCUCAUGGAGGUACAGAAAAAUAUUCAAGAACUCAGGAAUGAAUUUAGGACAGAGAUCCAGUCAUUGAAGAGCAAAACAGAGGGUAUUAAAAGCUGGUUAAAUAUGGUGGUGGAGACGAUAAAUGAAAUGGAAAUUAGGGAAGAGGAAUACAAAGAAGCUGAGGAACGGAGAGAAAAGGAUCUGUAGGAAUGGAAGACUACUGAGAGAAAUGUGUGACCAAACCAAACAGAACAACAUUCAUAUUAUAGGGUACCAGAAGAAGAAGAAGAAGAAGAGAGAAAAAGGGAUAGAAAGUGCCCUUGAGGAAGUAAUUGCUGAAAACUUCCCCAAUCUGGGCAAGGAGAUAGUUUCUCAGGGAAUGGUAGUGCACAGAUCUCCUAACACAAGGGACCCAAGGAGGACAACACCAAGACACAUAAUAAUUAAAGUGGCAAAGAUUAAGGAUAAAGACAGAAUACUAAAAGCAGCCAGAGAGAGAAAUUGGAUCACAUACAAAAGGAAAAACCAUCAGGCUAUCAUCAGACUUCUCAGCAGAAGGGCCUCGAACCAAGAAUACUUUAUCCGGCAAGAUUAUCAUUUAAAUUUGAAGGAGGAAUUAGAGAAUUUCUGGGUAAGCAAAAGCUGACAGAACUUAGCUCCCACAAACCAUCUCUACAGUGUAUUUUGGAGGGACUGCUAUAGAUGGAAGUGUUCCCAAGGUUAAAUAACUGUCACCAGAGGUAAUAAAAAGGAACAGACAAAGAGUCCAGAAUAUGAUAUAUAGCUAGUAUAUAAAGAAUGGAGGAGAAAAAAAGGAGGGGAAAACUUUAGAUUGUGUUUGUAAUAGCAUACUAAGUGAGUUAAGUAAGACUCUUACAUAGUAAGGAAGUUACCCUUGAACUCCAACAAAUCUAAAGCCUGCAAUGGCAGUAAGUGUAUACCUACUGAUGAUCACCCUGCAUGUAAAUAGUCUGAAUGCACCAAUCAAAAGACAUAGAGUCACUGAAUGGAUAAAAACACAAGACCCAACUGUAUGCUGCCUGCAGGAGACUCACUUCAAACCCAAAGACAUAUACAGACUAAAAGUGAAGGGAUGGAAAAAGAUAUUUCAUGGAAGUAAUAGGGAGAAAAAAGCAGGUGUUGCAGAACUUGUAUCAGACGUAGGAGACUUUAAAACAAAGAAAGUCAAAAGGGACAAAGAAGGACAUUACAUAAUGAUAAGGGGUCAAUCCAACAAGAGGAUAUUACCAUUAUAAAUAUCUAUGCACCCAACACAGGAGACCUACAUAUGUGAAGGAAAUACUAACAGAAUUAAAAGGGGAAAUAGAAUGCAAUGCAUUCACUCUAGGAGACUUCAACACUCUACUCACUCUGAAGGACAGAUCAACCAGACAGAAGAUAAGUAAGGAGACAAGAGACACUGAACAACACAUUAGAACAGAUGGACCUAACAGACAUCUUACAGAACUCUCCACCCAAAAGCAGCAGGAUACACAUUCUUCUCAAGUGCACGUGGAACAUUUUCAAGAAUAGAUCAUAUACUAGGUCACAAAAAGAGCCUCAGUAAAUUAAAAAUAUUGAAAUUGUACCAACCAGCUUCUCAGACCACAGGGGUAUGAAACUAGAAGUACAUUACACAAACAAAAUGGAAAAGCCUACAAACACAUGGAAAUUUAGCAACGUGCUCUUAAAUAACCAAUGGAUCGAUGACCAAAUAAAAACAGAUCAAGCAAUAUGUGGAGACAAAUGACAAAAAUAAUUCAACACAGCAAUAUCUGUGGGAUGCAGUGAAGGCGGUGCUAACAGGGAAGAAUAUUGCAAUACAGGCCUACCUCAGGAAAGAAGAACAAUCCCAUAAGAACACUAAACUCACAAUUAAUUAAACUAGAAAAUGAACAAAUGAGGUCCAAAGUCAGUAGAAGGAGGGACAUAAUAAAGAUUGGAGCAGAAAUAAAAAUCAAGAAGAAUAAAACAAUAGAAAGAAUCAAUGAAAACAGGAGCUGGUUCUUUGAGAAAAUAAACAACAUAGAUAAACCCCUAGCCAGACUUAUCAAGAAAAAACGAGUCUACACACGCAAACAGAAUCAGAAAUGAGAAAGGAAAAAUCACUACAGACACCACAGAGAUACAAAGAACUAUUAGAGAAUACUAUGAAAAAUUACAUGCUAACACACUGGAUAACCUAGAAGAAAUGGACAACUUUCUAUAAAAGUACAACCUAGUAAGGGUGACCCAGAAAGAAAGAGAAGAUCUGAAUAGACCAUGACCAGCAACAAAAUUGAAGCGGUAAUCAAAAAACUACCUAAGAACCAAACUCCUGAACCAGAUGGAUUCACCCCUGAAUUUUAUCAAACAUUUAGUGAAGACCUAAUACCCACCCUCCGUAAAGUUUCCCAAAGAGUAGAAAAGGAAGGAAUACUUCCAAACUCAUUUUAUGAGGCCAGCAUCACGCUAAUGCCAAAAAUCAGGCAAAGACACCACAAAAAGAGAAAAUUACAGACAAACAUCCCUGAUGAACAUAGAUGCAAAAAUACUGAAUGAAAUAUUAGCAAACUGAAUUCAAAAAUACACCAAAAAGAUCAUCCAUCAUGAUCAAGUAGGAUUUAUUCCAGGGACGCAAGGAUUGGUACAAUAUUAGAAAAUCCAUCAACAUCAUCCACCACAUCAACAAAAAGGACAAAAACGACGUGAUCAUCUCCAUAGAUGCCAAAAUAGCAUUCGACAAAAUUCAACAUCCAUCCAUUCACGAUCAACACUCUCAACAAAAUGGGUAUAGAGGGCAAGUACCUCAACGUAAUAAAGGCCAUACAUGACAAGCCCACAGCCCACAUCAUGGUUAACAGUGAGAAGCUGAAAGCCUUUCCUUUAAGAUUGGGAACGAGACAAGGAUACCCACUCUCCCCACUCUUAUUCAACAUAGUUCAACAAGGUAUCGGGUGAAUGUAGUAACCACAUUGUUUUUUCAUGUAAAACCUUCAUAAGAGUGUAUAUCAAUAAUACCUUAAUAAAAAAAAAAGAAAAGAAAUAUCCUGAGGACAGUGUGAUCUGGAUGUCGUCCCUGCGGUUGGUGGCUCCUCUGGGGUUGGUCUCAUCCCUGUGCAGGUGGGAUGCAGUUAGAGGACCGCCUCCCCCCCACCCCCCACUGCUCUUUCUUCUCAAAGCUCUGCUCUCAUGCAGACCUCAUGUGCCCCCUGACCCACCCCGGCCCUCCAACUCUGACACAGGGGGGCCCUGAUCUCUGCCAGGUUGCCCUCCAUCCUCUGUCCUCCCCCAUAAGGUGCUCAGGAAGAGCGGGGCGCUCUAAGCCCCAGGCUGGCACACCUUGGCAGCACUGGGGAGGGCUGCUCAAACGGAACCUGGGCCUUUCUUCCUGACACCUAUAGGUUAUGAUGAGACACCA